CCUCACGUUUCAGAACUGCUCACCAAGCAACGCAAGAAAGUUCUUGGAAUUAGUGAUAAAAUGAGGCUCACCUAUCUUCGCCUUGGGGCUCUUCUUCUGGCCCCUUUCAUCACUGCUCAAGUGGAUUAUCCUAAUCUUUCUGUUCCCUACCUCUUUACUUCAGAUCCCGUCACUCCGCUACCACAAGGCUUUCCAUGGGGCACCAGAACUGCAAAUAAUACAAACCCACGUAAGACCCUUGAUGACCCACCACCAACCGGCGUCAUUCGUCGAUAUGACUUCACUAUUCAGAGAUCCAAGAUCGCUCCUGAUGGAUAUCUGAAAAAGGUGCUUCUUAUCAACGGUCAAUUCCCCGGGCCGCAGAUCGAAGCAAAUUGGGGUGAUACAAUUCAAGUCACUGUUCGCAACGAGAUUACAAACCCUGAAGAAGGGACAGCUCUACAUUGGCACGGAAUUUUGCAGCGGACCUCACAGUGGUUUGACGGCGUUCCUUCUGUUCAGCAAUGUCCAAUACCUCCUGGAGGGACUUUCACCUAUACCUUUCUUGCAGAUUCAUAUGGGACAUCUUGGUACCACUCACACUACUCGGCUCAGUAUGCGGGAGGAUUGUUUGGGCCACUGGUCAUUCAUGGCCCAGAAACUGUGCCAUACGAUAUCGAUGUCGGGCCAGUGUUUGUGACUGAUUACUAUCAUCAAGACUACUUCUCAAUCGUUGAAGACCUCUUCUCGUCAGAUUUUGGCGUAGUUGCGGUCCCUGGUGACAAUAGUUUUAUUAAUGGGCGCAACCCUUUCAAUUGCUCUACGAAAGCUAUUAACGACACAACACCUUGCUUUAACAAUGCUCCUCGGUCGAAAUUCAAAUUUACAGCUGGCAAGAAACAUCGCCUUCGCCUGAUCAACGCUGGGGCAAGCGCACUUCAGAAAUUUUCGAUCGAUGGCCAUAACCUGACUAUCAUUGCAAACGACUUUACGCCUGUAAUUCCUUACGAGACUCAAUUUGUUACCAUAGCUGUUGGACAGCGCACAGAUAUAAUUGUUGAAGGGCUCCCAGGUGCCACUGGUUCAUAUUGGGCGAGAUCAGCAAGUCCUCAGGGCGCAUGCGCAAACACCAACGAGCCCAACGCAACGGCUAUCGUUUAUUACGAGAACGAAUACACACCAGACACUACGCCAUGGCCAAUAUUUGAGGAAAGCAUACAGAUCUGUGCAAAUGACGAUCUUACUGAAACCGUACCCUGGUAUUCCCUUGCCACCCCUCCGUCGCCGGCAACUACGAAAGAAAUCCUGAUUGACCUCGUUCAAAAUGAAACUGGAAGUUUUCUCUUUACUAUGAACAAUGUUUCUUUUCGUGGGGAUUUCAAUGCUCCAAUCUUGCUCCUUUCCAACCAAGGCAACAACUCCUACCCUGAGGACCCCCAAUGGAAUGUAUACAAUUUUGGCUCCAACGAUUCAACUCGCAUUAUUCUCAACAACAAUAAUCCCGAACCCACCCAAUGCAUUUGCAUGCGUAGAGACACGCAACUUGUCCCUGGAUAUGGAUACUUGGUCAUUUCCUUCUUUGCCGACAAUCCUGGAGCGUGGCCAUUACACUGCCACGUUGCCUGGCACGUGUCUAAUGGUCUUUAUGUUACGGUAUUGGAGCGCCCGGAUGAUAUUGCCAACUUACAGAUUCCAAGUGUUCUUGCCCAGACGUGUAGAGAUUGGGGUGCGUACACAAAUACCACUGUAGUCGACCAGAUUGAUUCUGGACUCUGA